CUGAGGUUCAGUAUUCCAUCGGUCGCAGAACGUGAAGGAAAUCACCACCAGCCAGAAAAAGCAAGCAAGACAAUGUCGAGGCAAAUGUGGCCACUGCUGGCCUUCUUCCUGUGUAUAGGAGUGCUGGAGAGCCUGGCUCUGCUCGACCACGAGACAGAAAGCAUUGAGAAGUGCAUUAAGAACUACGGAGGCCUUACCUCUGAGACUGCUGAGCGUCUGGAACGGUUCAAGGAGUGGUCGGAUGGCUAUGAGGAAAUACCCUGCUUCACGCAGUGCUACCUCGCCGAGAUGUUUGAGUUCUACGACAAUCGCACGGGCUUCGAUGAGAGCGGCGUUGUGCAGCUCUUUGGACGGCCCGUAUACAACGCCUGUCGCCAGAGAUUAGAGCUGGGCGGGGGUCGCUCCCAGAGCAGCUGUGAGCAUGCCUACGCGGGCUUUCACUGCAUCACCAACCUGGAGGGGCAUCCAUUCAUGCAGAUCGAGAGCAUGCCCAACAUCACGGAGUCUGCCAAGACCGCCAUGAAGGAUUGCCUGCAGUUGGUGGACCGAGACGAGUGGAGCCGCUUCCAGGCGUAUCCCGAGUACCCCGUAAACGAGCCCAUUCCCUGUUUCACGCGCUGCUUCAUAUCGAAGCUGCAUCUGUUUGACGAGCGCACCCGCCGCUGGCAGCUCCCGAUAAUGCGGCGACACUUGGGUGUCCCAGUGCCGGGCGCCCAUGUGUCCGCGUGCCAUCAGAGGCGUGGCAGGAAUCAGUGUUCCAGCAUUUACCAGCAGUUCACGUGCUAUGUCAUGGCCGUUUAGAUCGGCCAUCUCUAUUAUAAAUGAACAUAAUGUCAUCUAAUACAAGUAACUUUAUAGUUACGCUAUUA